AUGUACCGCGGCACAACUCCUCCGUGUUGGUGCGAGGAAGCAAAGAUGCAGAUAUUGGAGAGAGGAGCGACACAACCAGCAGAUCCUCAACUACAUGUAUUGUCAGUGCAACAUGCAACCACAAAAACGUUCAAAAGGACUUUCUUUCCUAUUGCGUCGCAAAAAGGCAAGGCGCAAAAACACAAUGAGCGAAAUCUGAAUGCCGCCUAAAAUAAUGGAAUAAUUGACACCCAUAAAGAUUUUUAACAAGCUUAAUCUCUUUGAUCUGGAAUACUGGAAGAUCUCGAAGGUCUGGAUAUUCCGCUGAUUCUCCGAUGACAUCGUCCUCUAAAAAUAGGAUUUUCUACUGAUAAAAGUUCACCAAAACAUUCAAUCUUCAAAUCACAUUCAUCGCCUCUGUCAAUCUACUAUCUCCGAGUUUUAUUGGAAAUCAUGGAUAUAAAGAGUUCCAUCCCAACUUCAUUCCGGUACUUACAAAUUGCCAUUACUUUCAACAUGCCGCUACAACAAGAGACUUGCAUCUGCUAGUGCUGGAACAAGGAUUAAAAGUCUUCGAAUCGACUGAUAUCUUCUUCAUCUUGUCAUCCACAAUCAACAUUCUCAAGUUCGAACUCCUGAUGGAUUUUCCCAAGUAUGCAGAGAAUGCUCCUUAGAAGUUCUUGUCGGUGAUUAGAUCUUGAGGAUCUUGAUUCCAAUGAUAACGAAAGUUGCUUGAGCAUGAUUCGCAACGCAUAAUCCACAAUUUAAAGGAAUUCAAAAAAAGAAGGGUAAAAAAAAUUUCCUUCCAGACAUAAACUACAGAGAUUAUGUUUUCAGUGCAACCAGCAACAAAAUGACGUCAUCGACGCCGUGAACUGCCUCUGCUCAAAGAACAUUACCCGUUUCCAGCCAUAACGGAUGAAUGUUCAAAUAUCGUUCUGCAAAAUGCUCUGCCAGCUUCAACUUGAACACUUCGUCAAGCAUCAUAUUGGAGCAACAUGGUCAGAUGGAGAUUGAAAUAGCGAUUGCUGCAACUUGAAAUGGUAUUUUCAAUGGACAAACAAGAAUAACGAGUUUGAAGUGCAGAUGCGCAGAAGGAGGGGAUCACGAAACUAACAGAAAAUCUGUUUAAAAAAAUUACUGCAAACUAGAAAAAAAUCUGAAAGGACUGGAGCAACGGAAGGAAGAUCGACGAAUUUUCCAAACAUGGAAAUUGGAUGAUUGGAACAAAGAAAGAGAAGAGCAGAAUCGAUUUUUUUUUUGA